AUGAAGUUGUCCUCCCCCAGCCUAUCCCAGCCCCCUCCAGCCUCACCUAGUCUCCCACAGCCUCCCACAGCCUCUCUCAGCCUCCCACAGCCUCCCACAGCCUCUACCAACCUCCCGCAGCCUCUUCCAGCUUCCCACAGCUUCCCACAGCCUCCCACAGCCUCUCCCAGCCUGCCACAGCCUCCCCCAACCUCCCACAGCUUCUCCCAGUCUCCCACAGCCUCCCACAGCCUCUCCCAGCUUCCCACAGCUUUACACAGCCUCUCCCAGCGUUCCACAGCCUCUCCCAGCUUCCCACAACCUCCUACACCUGCCACAGAUGCAGCCAGUGGUGUGGUGAGGCAUGGUGUUGGUCAAGGCCACCAGUCUCUUGGUGUCGCGGGCGGGCGGGCGGGUGAGGAGUUCCCGCGCUCAACUCGUCUCUCUCGUUUCAGAGCCGCGCUACAAACCGUACAAGUGUCCGCAUUGCCUCAAGACCUACUCCUCCAAGUCCAAUCUCAACACACACGUGCGGGACCUGCACGCCGCCGUCCCCCAGGUGUUCGUGUGUCCGUACUGCAAAAAGCGAUAUUCUUCCAAGAACUCCCUGCGCUACCACAUCACCAUGUACCACCGCGAGGAGAAGAACCGCGACCAGGCCUUGCAGCACGCCAUUGCCACCGCGCAGCCCCUCUCCCCCGCCCCCCACCCGCCCCAACCCCUACCACAGCCUCCACAACACACACCCCACUACACACAGCCACAGAUACAGACUUACAGCGACCUGGAUUUGAGUCUGUUGGAGGAUCCCCGAUCGGGCCUCCUUCAGGAAGACGCCGCCGCCCCGCACUGACCCCCGCCCCGCAGCGCCGCCCCCGCGCCCGACACCCGCGUCUGUACCUCAACACCAGCAAAGUGUCGUCGUCAGGCGGGCCGGGACGACGGUACGCCAGGGAGCCCCUCCCCUCUGACACCCCCCACCCGGCGGUGCUGGCGGCGGCGGCGGCGGCGGGGGCGACGGGCGGGGCGGGGCACAGAUGUGGACACUGUGGGCGGCAGUUCAGGUCCCGCAGUAACUUGAGUCGCCACGUGCGGGACCACCACACCCAGGGGGACCCCCGCGCUGCCCUGUGCCCGGUGUGCGGCAAGGACUGCAGGAACCGCUCCAACGUGCUCACCCACAUGUACCGCGUGCACCGCGUCACGGCCCGCCAGCUGGACGCCUUCACCCACGCCCACGCCCGCCACCCUCACCAGCCCUACACCCAGCAGCAGCAACAGCAGCAGCAGCAGCAGCAGCAGCAACAACAACAACAACAACAACAACCUCAGCAACAACAACCUCAGCAGCAGCAGCAGCAGCAGCAGCAGCAGCAGCAACAACAACAACAACAACAACAACAACAGCAACAACAACAACAGCAACAGCAACAACAACAAACGUAUUCCGCCGUCGCCACCGCCACUCAAAGUCCCCCAUUCAACUUUGAACUCCAACAACAACAACAACAACAACAACAACAACAACAACAACAACAACAACAACCAUCAUUCCCCCACCACCAACACCCACAUCACCACCACCAGCAACAACAACAAUUACACCACCCACAACAAGAACAACAACAUCAUCACUCCCAACAACAACAACAACAACAACAACAGUUACAGAAUACUUAACCACCACCACCACCACCGCCAAUAAUAAUAACAAUAGCAAUCUCUCAUCUUUCCUUCCUCCUCCUCCUCCUCCUCCUCCUCCUCCUCCCCCUCCUUCCCCCCCUCCCCCUCCUCCCCCUCAGGCAGGACUCAGGGCAUGCACAGACAGACAGACACACUCGCCUAAUAAGUCUUUGUAGUGCAUUACUUACGAUUACCAAUAGAUAAGUAAUUAUACAUAUGUAACUCUCUCUCUCUCUCUCUCUCUCUCUCUCUCUCUCUCUCUCUCUCUCUCUCUCUCUCUCUCUCUCUCUCUCUCUCUCUCU